UUCUUCCCCCAAUAAAUACGUAAAUAAGAAGGGGCGUUUUGCAAUUUUUUGGGUACCUACAGUUCAAAAAACGCAAAAAUGGGGGAUUUCAGAUGCGUUUUGGUGUAUGGUUGGGGCUGUUUUUAACUGGAAAAAUGGGUUUUCCAGUAUGAUUGGAGUUGCCCUCACUCAUCGAAUAUAAUCGGCACAGUCACGUUUCUAUUUUCCGCGGUUGCGGAUCUCUCUGCCGGACGGAGCGUGUUAACUUUUGUGGAAACAUUGUCUUUCCAUCAUUAGUUGCUCUAGAAAAAAAAAAAUCUAGAACGCAGAUGGGUGAGAUUGAUGACAUUUCGGAGUCGAAAAGUGUAGUCUUCGUGACUGUUGGAACAACUAGUUUUGAUGCAUUGGUUAGAGCUGUAGACAGUCAGGAGGUCAGGGAAACUCUGUUUAGAAAGGGCUAUACGCACCUUGUCAUUCAAAUGGGCCGGGGGUCUUACAUCCCGUCAAAGUGUAGUGGAGAUGAUGGGUCCUUAUCUGUUGAUUAUUUUACAUUUUCAUCAAGCAUAGCUGAGUAUUUGAAGUCGGCAUCUCUCGUAAUCAGUCAUGCAGGUUCUGGGAGCAUAUUUGAGACGCUCCGACUGAGGAAACCCCUGAUUGUAGUCGUGAAUGAGGAUUUAAUGGACAAUCACCAAAGUGAGCUUGCUGAAGAACUGGCCAAAAGAAACCAUUUGUUCUGCGCUCGGCCUCAAACUCUUUAUGAGACCAUUUCUGCUAUGGGUCCAAAUUCUCUUGUACCUUAUCAACCCGGUGAUGCUACGCCGGUUGCUAAAUUUAUUAAUAGGUUUUUAGGUUUCGUAGAUGAAUGAUUAUCAAAUGUAAACUCUACUGUUCUGAAUACAGAUGGUUAUCUUAGAAUAAAAACAAUGAUAUUCAUAUAAUAUAGUCGUCAUUUUAUGCUC